GUUGCACUCGCUGCUCACCACCAUGUCUGCAAUGCGCACGGCUCUGUUGGGCCAUAUAGUGCGUCCUACGGCUCGUGGAAUUACCUCUACAGUCCGCAUCCAUGGACUUCGUGGUGUCCAGACAACAUCGUCGGCAUCUGCGACCGCACAGGUUCAGCAGAGUGAGCCGAAAGCCGCGAUACCUUCUGGCUCGGGAAAGGCAUCCAGCGGAAUUGAGAUCGCUCAACAAGGGAGCAAUCAAUUGAGCUUGGAAACUCCUAGGAAUGCUGCUGAGUAUGUGCUGUCGACUUUCGAUAAAAUUGCCAAUUGGGCUCGUCAGGGCUCCAUGUGGCCGAUGACAUUCGGUCUUGCCUGCUGCGCCGUGGAGAUGAUGCACAUGGCUGCCGCUCGCUACGAUCAGGAUCGUCUCGGAAUAGUUUUCCGUGCGUCGCCCCGGCAAAGUGAUAUUAUGAUUGUCGCCGGCACGUUGACGAACAAAAUGGCACCUGCUCUGAGAAAAGUGUACGAUCAGAUGCCUGAACCUCGGUGGGUUAUCUCUAUGGGAUCCUGUGCUAAUGGUGGCGGGUACUACCAUUAUUCGUACUCUGUGGUCCGGGGUUGCGAUCGUAUUGUGCCCGUGGAUAUCUAUGUUCCAGGGUGUCCGCCUACUGCGGAAGCACUGCUGUACGGCAUGCUGCAGUUGCAGCGCAAGAUGCGAAAGAAUAGGAAGGGCGUACUCUGGUACCGCCGGUGAUGAAGAAGCGGCAAUCAUUUCAGGAAGCUAUCGCAUAGACAUGGCACCUAUUAUGAUCCCACUUCUAUACUCACAAAUGCAAUAAACUAUGUAAUUCAUAUGGUUAGGUAUGUUGUACGGCCUUUUCGCCGGCUGAAAACAAAGCUAAUCUCGCACAAUCCGCGAAAUCUUGCCUUAAUGGCCACGC